AUGUUGUUUGGAACGUUGAAUGAAGAUAGUCCAAUGUUAACUUUACAUAAAAUUGAAAUUCAAUCUGCUUCGGAAGAUGAAAUGAAUAUUAUGAUUGUUGGAUUGAAAUCAAAUGUGAAAUUAUUCAGAAAAAAAGUGAAAUUGUUUAUGCAAAGAUCAACAUUAGUUCAACUUGAUUGGAAUAAUAUCGAUUUAGUUACAUUCGAAUCGAUUAAUGAUGAUGAACAGAAAAGAUUUCAUUUUAUUCUUAUUUCCAUUGAAAUUACAUAA